UCCCUAAUUUGGGCUUUGCUGGGAUCUGAAACUCCACCCUGGGAGCAGCGGGAGGAGAGCCAGGGCAGCCCAAGGGGGUUGGGUGACUCCUCUUCCCCAGCUCCCAAAGCUCCUGGAUCCACUCCCAUUCCCGCCUCGCUCCUCCCGGUGCAGGGAGAGGCCCCGCGAGGGAGGAGGCUCCGUCUCCAUCUCCUCCUCGUCCUCCCGGCGCGGCGUGCCGGGGCGCCAUGGCCGAGCGGCUGUCGGAGGAGAAGAUCGCCGAGUUCAAGGAGGCGUUCUCGCUCUUCGACCGCGACGGCGACGGCUGCAUCACCACGCGGGAGCUGGGCACCGUCAUGCGCUCGCUGGGCCAGAACCCCACCGAGGCCGAGCUGCAGGACAUGGUGGGCGAGGUGGACGCCGACGGCAGCGGCACCAUCGACUUCCCCGAGUUCCUGUCGCUGAUGGCGAGGAAGAUGAGGGACACGGACAGCGAGGAGGAGAUCCGGGAGGCGUUCCGGGUGUUCGACAAGGACGGCAACGGCUACAUCAGCGCGGCCGAGCUGCGGCACGUCAUGACCAACCUGGGCGAGAAGCUGACGGACGAGGAGGUGGACGAGAUGAUCAAGGAGGCCGACUGCAACAACGACGGGCAGGUCAACUACGAGGAGUUCGUGAGGAUGAUGACGGAGAAGUGACGGCCCCGCCAGCCACCUCCAGCUCCAUUCCACAGGGAACAGAGGUUGUGGUGGUUCUCCCCCAGCCCCUCCAUCCCCUCCCACCUUCUCCAGGCUGGAAAAAUCCUCUUUUAUCCCAGUUGGAGCAUCACCAACGGCGUCUGCAUCGGGUGUGGGGUGCAGAUGGAUUUGGGGUCCCUGUGGGAUGUCUCGUGUCUGUAGAUAUUCCAGAGGCCACUGAGAAUUCCCUGACAUCCCUGAGUCCAAUAAAAACGUCCCCCCACA